UGUUGAACAUAUUUUAACUUAGUCCGUUUCAUAUAAAACAUAGCGAAACAUUGAAUGUGUCGAAUGUGAAGAAGCUAACGUUAACUGUUGAUCGGCGACAGUUGGUGACGUCUCCCAGCGACACGUCAGCCACACGGAAGCAGAUCUCUGUCCAACCGAGCAGCAUUGCCGACACAAGGACCGUAGUUUUAUCGAAAUGGGUGGUUUCUUCUCCAGUCUCUUCUCGGGCCUGUUUGGCACCAGGGAGAUGAGGAUUUUGAUCCUUGGUUUGGACGGCGCUGGAAAAACAACCAUUCUGUACCGGCUGCAGGUCGGAGAGGUGGUCACUACAAUCCCCACAAUCGGCUUCAACGUCGAGACAGUCACAUACAGGAAUCUGAAGUUCCAGGUGUGGGAUCUGGGAGGACAGACGAGUAUCAGGCCCUACUGGCGGUGUUAUUACUCAAACACAGAUGCAGUCAUCUACGUCGUCGACAGCAGUGACCGCGACAGGAUGGGCAUCUCAAAGUCUGAGCUGGUGGCCAUGUUGGAGGAGGAGGAGUUGAAGAAAGCUAUCCUGGUGGUAUUUGCAAACAAGCAGGACAUGGACCAGGCAAUGACGCCCACUGAGGUGGCCAACGCCCUGGGCCUUCCCGCCCUCAAAGACAGAAAAUGGCAGAUCUUUAAGACCUCGGCCACAAAGGGCACAGGCUUGGAUGAGGCAAUGGAAUGGCUGGUGGAUUCCCUGAAGAGUCGACAGUAAAGGCCCCCACCCAUUCUGUAUAUACACCUGACCUUUGACCCUUCUGUAUGAAGCCUUGUGACUGACUCCCUUCCCCACAUCCCACUUUUCACUGGACCAGUGAUUGCACUCCUCCCCACCUCCAACCCACCUGAAGCCUUGGCCAAGCCCUCCCAAUGCCUAACGCCUUUCAAGCCUGGGACUUAGAAGCGACGGCUGCAGUAACGUCUGGACUGGGCACAAACACACUAAGUCCCAUCUCUACCAGUGAAGCUUUUAGAGAGCCGUAUGACUUCAGUGAUGGAUGUGCAACAAGUUAGUAACUACAUUUUUGUGCGUUUUGGAAAUGCAAUUUUUACCAAUCUAUUUAAUAUAACAGUGUCACACACUUUAUCAUGGAUUAGAAGGAAUCAAUAAAUAAGACUGUGAAAAGCCCAUCCACUCUGACCCUCUGUAGCAUUUCUGAAAUCAGAGGAGUCAUUCGCAUGUAGUAAAGCUUGAAGAUCAGUAAGUAAGUGAUGGGCACUCAUGUCAGCAAAAGGAAGCAAUGAAGAUCCGCCGGGAGGCCGCAUUUUCCCCAUCAGAGCCUGACCUGAGCAACCAGAGACGAGGACACAUCAUCACCAUGGAGAAGCAGCUGCUUGAUUGCCAAGUCAUUAGACAUUUUUUAAUAGUGUGCUGGACUAGCUAUACUGUACUGAAUCUCUGUUUAUUGCAGCAAGUAUGAAAUCCAAAUUUGGAUAACAUACCUUUCUGCUGGCUUGCAUGAAAUGUUCUGUUUUACUUUAGGAAAUUGCAAAUCUGGCCUCAAACAGUUAAAAAAAAAAAAAAAAAAAGUAUUCAUCUACUAUAUGUCCUCUGGCCAAGUGUUACUGCAGCCCAGGCUGUUUUUGUACUAUAGAUUCAGGCAGAUGUAAUGUCAUGGAUUUAUAUUGUUUGUUCCCUUACAUUCAUUUGUGUGGUUCCCACUUUUUUUUUUUUUUUUUUAAAUCUAGUGGUUAAAGCCGUUUUUCCAUUGAAAUCCUUGAGUACAGGUUUGGCAUAUUAGUCAUUUAGUUACUGAACACUAACUGUAUGCUCAAAGUUCUGUGGUUCCAUAUUUAUAUCUGCUUGUACAGUGAAAAUUAUUCUCAGUAAAGAUUGCUAUCAGUGAUUGUA